AAACAUACUGCUUUUGCCACCUUUCCCAGUGAAAAUUCAGCUGUGAAGGCUUUGUCAAGACUGCAUCAGCUGAAACUUUUGGGUCACACCUUAGUUGUUGAAUUUGCAAAGGAGCAAGAUAGCGUGCAGGUACUUAGCCAGCCUUCUGUCGCAGAACACUGUAAAAGUUCAGAAGAACCAGUGAAAGAAGAAGAGAAGAAAGAACCAAGCUGUGUUAAAAUAGAUAAUGGAAUUGCACCCAACCAUGGCCUCACCUUUCCCAUCAAUUCUUGUCUCAAAUAUUUGUAUCCACCACCUUCAAGUACAAUUCUAGCAAACAUAGCAAAUGCCUUGGCAAGUGUGCCCAAGUUUUAUGUCCAGGUACUGCAUCUUAUGAAUAAAAUGAAUCUCCCUCCACCUUUUGGACCAAUGACUGCUCGCCCUCCCAUGUAUGAAGAGUAUCUAUCGGUGCCUGUGCCCCCUCCCCCGAUCCCACCUCUGCCUCCUGAAGAGCCGCCUCUGCCUGAGGAGGAAGAAGAGCAACAGUCUAGUGAAGAUGAAUCGGAAUAUGAAAGUGAUGAUGAGCAGGAAAAGGAGAGAAUGACCAAGUUGAUGGAAUUAGCAACCCUUCAGCCUAAAAGACCAAUAAACACCAAGAGGCGUGGCGUUAGGAAAAAGCAAAGAAUCAAAGACUUGCUGAGUGUGCCUGUGUGUGCUCCCCACAGUAAUUUGCACCCUACGCUGUCACCUUCAGAUGUCUUUGAGCAGCCGCAGCAUGUAGGUCAUAAAAAAAUCGAGUUCCAUAUUACCACUGACAUCCCAGCUGUUCUUCAGAUAAACUCAGCAAAAGAAGAAAAAAAUGACGUUUAUGCAGCCACAGAAGCAAUCAAUAAUACAGGCUUUGGAAGGAUUUUCCCAGCCCCUAGCGCAAAUGAUAAAAUGGAAACUGAAGAGGAGGAUGAUGAAAUACCAUCAGAAUUUAUUUCUAGGAGGGAUCUAGAAAAAAACAGACUUUCUAAAGAAGAAAUGGAAAGAUUUUCUGUUUUCAAAAACUAUGAGCCAGGUGAUCCAAACUGCAGGAUAUAUGUGAAGAAUUUAGCUAAACAGGUUCAAGAAAAGGAUCUCAAAUUUAUUUUUGGAAGAUACGUUGACUUCCAGUCAGAAGUGGAACGAAAUAUGUUUGACAUACGUUUGAUGAAAGAAGGCCGUAUGAAGGGACAGGCUUUCAUUGGACUCCCUAAUGAAAAAGCAGCUGCCAAAGCUUUAAAAGAAGCAAAUGGAUACGUCUUAUUCGAAAAACCCAUGGUGGUUCAAUUUGCUCGUUCAGCUAGACCAAAGCAGGAUGCCAACGAGGGGAAAAGGAAGAAGUAGAACGCUGCACAAGAAACAUUCCUGCGUAAAUACUGCAGUAAUACUGUCAUGCAGAGUGUAUCCUUUCUUGUUGUAUCCUUUUUUGUGCAAUGUUUCCUGUAGCACUCAACUGCACCUGAGUUUUCAGCUAGA